CUUCCUUGUGUCACAUCGAUAUGAGUCCUCCCGUCGAUGGUAACAGUAAUGGUCGGUAGAGACGCUGUUGGGGUGGAGUAGCUCUGCCAACACAACCAGCACAAUAAAAAUGGAGCUCGGUGCCUGUAAGGGAUAAAAAUAUGAGCUGUCACUCAACAAUCAGCACUUUACUCGUCGGUUGGCCUCACUAACUGAUACAGUAACCGUAGUAACUAACCGCCCGGGCUGACUUCGCCUGUAUGGCGGGUCUGUCUUAUUUAGUGCUCCGGUUUUCGGGCUCCGCUGGUCGGACUUACGGAGUGUUUUCCAAAGGCUUGACGAGGACUUUGUUGAUAUUUUUUGAUCUCGCAUGGCGAUUGCGAAUCAGAUUUCCUUAUAUCUACCUGGUCGCUUCGAUGAUGUUUAAUGUCAGAUUACAGGUGCACAUUGAAAUUCACUGAAUCUUCAACCCUAUAUUUGGAAUGAAAUCGAUGGAUCGUGGCCAAUGCCGUGCUGCAGCCCUCUUAAAGGAACUGUGUGGCACUACACAGCAAUUUGAAGGAAAGUGGACACUUAAUUCUGUGCGACGAUGCAUCAAAGUGACACACACAGCUGGUCGUCGUCACGGUCAGCCCUCGCCACACAAGCCCAGUGCCUUUGCAGAAGAAGGACAGCAGGAAAGUCAGCAAAAAAGAGCCAGGAUGAGCGGUGAUGAGUGAUGGUGGAGGGGGAAACAAUGCCUCACGUUAACCCUUUUAACUCGCCACCUGACAACCAGGAGCCGCCUGCCUGUCUGAGGAGAUAACGUCAGAUGACUGGUGGAUUUUGACACUUCCUUUUACCUCUGGAUAUUGAGGACUUUGGCCUGGAAUAAAAAAUGAAUGAUUGUUACUGUG